CUCUACACUUUCUCCUCUUCUCUAUAAAAAACGCUCGCAAAUUUCAAUCUAGUCUUCGAUAAGAUCGCCAAUUCAAAAAAAAAUCAAUGGCAUCUUAUCUUAUGAACCUGAUUUUCUUCAUCCUCCUCCUUGUAACGGCGUCGUUUUAUGCAAUCGAAUCGCGAUCGGAGCAGAGAGAGUUCGAUUACUUCAAAUUGGCUCUUCAAUGGCCCGGCACUUAUUGCCAGCGUACUCGCCAUUGUUGCCCUUCUAAUGGUUGCUGCCGACGCUCGAAUGCUUUGGCUGAAUUUACCAUCCAUGGAUUGUGGCCUGAUUAUAAUGAUGGAACUUGGCCUGCCUGUUGUAGACGAGCUGAUUUUGACGAAAAAGAGAUCGAUACAUUACGUGACACUUUAGACAAAUAUUGGCCAUCUUUAAGCUGUGGGUCCCCAUCAACUUGUCAUGGUACAAAGGGAUCGUUUUGGGGACAUGAGUGGGAGAAGCAUGGUACUUGUUCCUCUCCAGUUGCUCAUGAUGAAUACAAUUAUUUCUUGACCGCCCUCAAUGUCUACUUUAAGUAUAAUGUCACGAAAGUACUGAAUGAAGCGGGAUAUAUUCCUUCAAAUACUGAAACGUAUCCCCUCGGAGGCAUCAUCUCUGCCAUUGAAAAUGCUUUCCAUGCUACACCAACAAUAGCUUGUUCAAGAGGUGCAAUCGGAGAACUUUAUUUAUGCUUCUAUAAGGAUUUCAAGCCUCGGGAUUGUGCAACUCGAUCAACGGUUAAAGACAAUUAUUCAUCUAGAAGCUCCUGUCCAAAGUAUGUUAGGUUACCAGAAUCCUUUUCACGAGGAGUUGAUGGAUUUGAAGAUGCCGUCAUGUAGAUACCAGAACGGAAGCUCUCUCAGAUCGUGGCAACAUGUAUGUCGUUCACCGUCUCGGUCCAGAGAAGGAGAUGCAGCUCAGCUCCACCAGGCAUGAGCAAUCAAUAUGUCAUCAUUCACAUAAUUGUAAAAUCUACAUUAUGGAUAAGUGACCGAUAUUUAAGUAUAUCAAACGUUAGGUUCCAGUAA